CUCAAGACCAUGGACGGAAAGGAUUCAAUCGGCCGCCGCAUUUCGUUGUUGAACGACGACGUCUCUGCGCCCCCCCACCGCCUGCCCUCGCUAGAGCCCGCCAUCCGUUCGCGCACCUCCAGCUACGCCUCGUCGCCCUGCCUCUCGCCCACGCCGCGCACCCCCCAACUCCUCCGCAGCAACUCGACCGACUCCAACGCCAUGACCAGCCCGUCACCCAUCACUCCCACCUACGACUUUGCCGACUCGCAGUCGCCCAAGAUGGCCCAGAUGCCCUACUUCUUGCACAAGGAGUCGCAACUCAUGCACUACGCCCACCACCCUCUCAUUGGCCAAGCCUACCCCUCCCUGCCCGCCCAGCAGGUCUUCAUCCGCGCUCCCGGCGCCGAGCGUCAGCCCAUGCCGCCCGCCAACCCCAAGACCAAGAAGAACCAGUACCCGUGCCCGCUCGCCAAGCAGUUCAACUGCUCCGACUACUUCACCACCUCGGGCCACGCCGCCCGCCACGCCAAGAAGCACACGGGCAAGAAGGACGCCAUCUGUCCGGACUGCCGCAAGGCCUUCACCCGCAAGGACAACAUGGAGCAGCACCGCCGCACCCACCAAAACGGCCGCAACGCCCGCAACGCCUCCAAGGACGCCGACGAGUCGCGCGCGAAAAAGCAAAGGACGUCGCUGUCGCGGCCCAAGCCUUCGCCCAUCCAAUCCUCCGACCCCGCCACCAUGUCCCUGGUCGACCCUUCGCUACCCAUCAGCCCGGCGUCCAGCUUCGGCGGCAUCGCUCCUGCCGUCCAGCCCGCCGAUGACUACAUGUCGCACGCAUACGCCAUCGACCCCAACAUGAGCUAUCCGCCUCCCGAGCGCUACCAGCUCAACCCGCCUAAUCCUUCGACAUAUGGCCUCGAGACGUUGGCACUCGCCUGCGGAGAAAAGAGGAAAUUCGAGGCAUGA